CUACAUGACCUCCUGAUCAGCACCAAAGAGCCGAUCGUUCAGUCCUCGCGGACAAGGCUCAUUCAGCAAACCUUCAUGCUUGUCCGUCCCUGGGAUCGGUCCCUCCUUGAGCUACCUGACGUUGCAGAUCUGUCCGACGUUGGGGACGAUGUGGAGAACGAGGGGGAUUAUUGGACUCCACUUUCUUCUCCGUCAGACGACUCACCUAGUCGUUCUCUUCUAAAACAGGAGGUGGUUGAUCUGGAAUCACGAGCAUUGCGGUUGCUUGUUCGCCUUGGGCAGCCUUUCGGGGCAUUUUUGCUAGCGCGGCAGCGCGGCGGAGAAUACAGGAGGGUUGCGUCGGAUCGUGACAUCAUCGCACAGGUCAAAGAUGUGGCUUCUGUUGUCGACCUCAUGGACAUCAGGACGAUAGAAAUACUGUAGCUGUAUGUUUUCCCCGAGGAUUAGGGAUCUGAGCGGUUUUUAUUGGUACUUGCUACUCAUACAUGCAUGCAUAUGUAAAUAUUGGACUAUAGUUUCCUUUCAAAGCGGGCCAUGGGGACCUAUCCGCACCACUUCUCCGUCCUACACCACUAGAUUAAUACCCGAACAUGCUCAUUACACCUACCUGCAUGGGUGCUCAGGUUUCAUGUCUCGUUCGCUCACACCCUUCAUCCUUGAGAAUUAUUUGUGAGUGGGACUGACACGCGUGAGCUUUUGAUAGAGUCAUGCACAGGGCCGUCUAACUUUACUGCUCUGCGUUUGAUAUUCCCUUCCAAGUGUCUUCAUCCCAUCGUGAUCAUCGUCAUCUACCCUCUCGAGAGUUUUACUCACUUGUGCGAUCACUUCGGUUACCUUGCAAACAAAUAUCGAUAUAUCAACUCCCGCAUUUGCUAAACAUCAAUUCCAUUAAAACACGCAGUGCAACGCAAAACUGA